CAGAUUGGUCAAAAAGAUGCAAGAGGAAGCCAAGAAGGAAAUGAUCGGAAGCGCGAUAAGGAGAAAAAAACAACUACUAGAAGGCGAAAACUCCGGAUUCAGAAGAUUACUAUCCAGAGGACCGAAAAGACCGCAGAGGAAGGCCCAUGGGGAACGAUAUAAGUGCUUUGUUUGCGACCUCGCCUACACCACCAGCGAAGGAGCGAUGCGUGCUCACUGGCAACAACAUAAAGAAGGCCAAAUAAUUAAGGUGGGCACCCUCAAGAAGUCUUCUUGCGCGGCAUCCGGAAACGCAGUUGGAGCAGCACGCCGCAUUUUCCGCCCUGAAACGCACACUUUCAAUAAGCAAACAGGGAAGAGCUACUUUGGAUCAGACGCAAGAUUACACAAGAUAAUUGUUCCGGAAGACUGUUGGGAGAAUGAAGAAAGAAGGAAAUUGAAAUGCAAAAAGUGCAAAUGGAGCCUAGAAUAUAGAGAAGAAAUGACAAUGCA